AUGGCGGCUCGGUCGCCGCCGAGGCCAGUGCUGCUGCUGCUCCUCCUCGCCCUCCUCUGCUGCCACAUUGCGCUCUGCUCCUCCGCCGCGCCGGCCGCCAAGCCCAAGCCCAAGCUCUCCAGCGGCCGCAAGGAGCUCGUCUCCACCGAUGACGACGAGCCGGUCAAGGCGCCCAAGGCCACCGCGGCGGCCGGCGUCAAGAAGAAGGUCGCCUCCUCUGGCGCCAAGAACCAGACCAAGGUUCUGAAAGGCAAGAAACCGGAGGAGUCCACCGCGACAACCAAGGUCACCACCAAGAAGGCGACCGGUAAAGGAGAGUCGACCACGAGCAAGAAGCCGACCGCUAAAGCGGCCGGCGAUGCGGCCAAGCCCAAGGUCCCGAAGCUGGACAAGGCGGCGGCCACCGCCAAGCCCAAGAGCGCCGAUUCCGCCAAGUCCACCAAGGCGGGCGCUGCCAAGCCGGCGAAAUCUGAGGGGGGCGCCCCCAAGGCCAAGAAGCCGUCCAAUUCGACCGCGGAUUCGGCCAAGUCGAGCAAGAAACCGCAGGUUGUCGCCGACGGGAAGGCGGAUUCGACCAAGUCGAGCAAGAAAGCGAAGGCCGUCGUCGCCGACGGGAAGGUGAAGGCGAAUUCGACCGUGAGAAGCGAGGAGGCGGCGGGGGUGGAGGAGGACGUGGUGUUCGCCGAGGAGGCGGAGGGGACGGAGGACCUCAUGUCCGAGUUCCGGGGCCUCCCGGCGCGGCUGCAUCAGACGCUCAUGCCGGACCUGGCGCGGCUGUCGUACACCUCCAAGGCCUACCUGUCGGCCGCCAAUGCGGGGAUCGCCGGCGGCGUGCGGCCGGUCCUGGGGGGCCGGUGGGGCGCGGCGGCGGCCUCCGCGGCGUCGGUGGCCCUGCUGCUGCUGCCCCUCUGCAUGCUCACCGCGCUGGUGCGGCGCAUGGGCCCGUACCUGCCGCUCCUCCACCGCGCGCUGCUGCUCUCGCAGGCCUACCUCGCCAUCUACUUCGGCACGCUCGCGCUCGCCGCCGCCGCCACGGGGCUGGAGCCGCUCCGCUUCUUCCACGCCGCCUCGCCCGCGGCCUACGCCUGGACGCAGGCCGCGCAGUCGCUCGGCUUCAUGGGCUACCUCGUGCUGCAGAUGGUGGACCUCGUCGCCGUCUUCUCCGGGGCCGCCUCGCCGGAGGAGGAGGAGGGCGGCGCGGACGCCACCAAGGCGCUCGGCCUGGCGCAGAUGGUGGUGGGGCUGGCCGUCGGCCUCCACUACUACGCCGCGGUGUUCCACCGCGCCGCCGCCGGCGAGGCCCCGCGCGCGAACUGGCGCGUCUACGCCGUGUACGCCGCGUGCUUCGUCAUCAUCUGCGCGUGCGCGCGAGCUGAGAAGAGGAAGAAGGCCUACCUCGCCGGCGCCGAGGAGUGGAAGAAGAGCUGA